CGUCCGAUCCUGCCAACCUGACGGGCGCUUAGCCUCUGUCACGGCAGCCCCAGGCUUUGUGCCCAGCAGCAGACAAUUGCUUGGGCCGGCAGGGCCCCCGCCUGUCGCACUCGACUCCAGAAUGGGCCAAUACUUAGCUACACCCAAUACAGAGAAGGAGACGCUGCACGGCAGCCAUGAGCGACUGCACUAUGGUAUUUCGGCGCAGCAGGGCUGGCGCAAGCACAUGGAGGACGCGCACAUAGCCGAGCACCUCCGGGACGACUGCCACAUUUUCGGGGUGUUUGACGGGCACGGGGGACCAGAGGUAGCGCGGUUUUGUUCGCGGCGAAUGCCGACCGAACUCCUGCGGCAGCCCGCCUUCCAAGACGGCCGGUACGAAGAAAGCCUGAAGCAGGUGUUCCACCGCAUGGAUGAGAUGAUGCGGUCCCGGGAGGGCUUCACAGAGCUGGAGGCGCUGCGGAAGGAGGUGGAGGGAGGCAAGGAUGGGGAGGCAGAGGAGGAGGACACGUAUGACAUGCUGCGCAAGCUGGUGCACAUGCAGCGCAUGGCGGGGCAGCAGGCGCAGGCUGCGGCGGGCGGCAACGGCGGCGGGCCCGGGCAGGGGGAAGGCGCCAACGGGCAGGCGGCAGCGCCCGAGAGCACGCUGCAGCCAGAGGUCACAGUGCAGGCCGGCUGCACCGCAGUGGUUGCGCUCAUCAUGGGCGACCGCCUGUAUGUGGCCAACGCAGGCGACUCGCGCGCCGUGCUGUGCCGCGGCGGCCGGGCGCUUGCCAUGUCGGAGGACCACAAGCCGGCGGCGCCCGACGAGCGCGCGCGCAUCAUGGCGGCGGGCGGCUUCCUGUCGGAGAUCGGCGGCAUCACGCGGGUCAACGGCAACCUCAACCUGUCCCGCGCCAUCGGCGACCUGCGGUACAAGAUGAACAGCGAGCUGGAGCCCAAAGACCAGAUCAUCACCGCGGAGCCAGACGUCACCUCCGCCCGCCUCACCCCCGAAGACGCCUUCCUGGUGCUGGCCUGCGACGGCAUCUGGGACGUCAUGACCAACCAGCAGGUGGUGGACUUUGUGGCGCCGCGCCUGGCCGGCGGCGCGCCCCCGCACGAGGUCGCCAGCGAGCUGCUGAACGCCUGCCUGGCCAACGACCCUCGCGAGGCGCGCGGCAUCGGCUGCGACAACAUGACCGCCGCGAUUGUCGUCUUGCAUGCGCGUGACGCCUCCAAGCUGGUGAUGGGCGGCGGCAGCUGCUCCCGCGGCGCGUUCCUGGAGCAGCAUGCAUCCGGCGGCGGCAGCAGCCAGGGCGGCGGCGGCGGCGACACAGCCAUGAAGGAGGCCACGCCGCCGCCAGAGGGGCACCCGGCAGGCGCCUCCGCGCCCGCCGCGGGAGCCGGGGCAAAGGCGUGAGGCGGCCGGCGGCCUCCCUGCCACGGCCGACGACAACAUGCGGCGCGGGCAGCAUCAGUGACAGCAGGAGCGGCAGCAGCCAGCCGGUGACUCAGCCCAUUCACCCUUCUGCACCUGGCUGGCUGCCGGCAGCGCUUCUGUGGUCCCCUGACCCCCUCGGCGUGAACGCAUUCAUCGCUGCUGCUACUGCGGAACAUGCUGGCUUCUGGCCGCUGCUGCCGCCCCCAAUGUACACAAUUUCGCACGGCCUUUUUUUGCCUCUCCUCCAGAAUUUGCGUUUCUUGUUUGCCCAUCCCUUUCUUUGCGUUUGCCGCUGCCCGCUGACGAAGCUGAAUCGAUCGAAACACACAA